ACCCCCGUUUGGUGUCCGUUCCAAGCGACCGUAAACAAAAACCUUAAAUUUAAUUUUAAUUUAGAAAAUGCAAACAAAUAAGACUAAAAUUAGUUCUGAAUUCAAAAAAAGACUAAGACAAGAAUAUGAACGACUGAAAAAACAGCAAGAAUCACAGGAAAAGGAGAUUAUUAACAUAACAUGGACAAAUAAUCGAAAACAAUGCAAGGUCAAUGCAAAUGAACUUUUAGAACGAAUGAGUAACAUAAACUGCACAUUUCUCGAUGAUGUAUAUAAUCCUGACCAUAAACAUCAUUUAAAGAAAGCGACGGUGACCAGUCAUGAUGGAGUUAAACAAUCUGUGCCAACUUAUGUGUUGUCAAAUGUCAUCCCUAUACCUAAUAUGUGUGCAUGGGCUCCAGUUCAACAGAAUUUCAUGGUUGAAGAUGAAACAGUUCUCUACAACAUUCCUUACAUGGGCGAUGAAGUUCUUGACAAAGACUCUGAAUUCAUUGAUGAAUUGAUUAAAAACUAUGAUGGAAAAGUUCAUGGCGACAAUGACGCUGAAUUUAUUGAUGAUAAACUUUUCGUCGAGUUGGUGAAAGCGAUAGUUCCAUUUCAAUCAAAUAUUCAAAGUGAAGACGUUAAGAAAGAAGAAUCCAACUCUGAUUCCAACAACUCUGACUCAAAAGAAGCUGAAAAUUCUAAUGAUGUACCAAAUGAUGGCUUGCCGUUUCCAAAUCAAAAGCUUUUCUUAGCAAUCAGUGAAAUGUUUCCAAGUAAAGGAACGCCAGAUGAUUUACGUCAAAAUUAUAUCGAAUUGACAAAGAGUGUUGAUCCAAAUCGUCCAUCGGAAUAUUGCACACCAAAUAUUGAUGGUCCUAAUGCUGACUCAGUUUCUUAUGAGCAAACGCUUCAUUCUUAUCACACAUUGUUCUGUCGUCGUUGCUCAAAAUACGAUUGCUUCACUCAUCGUUUAUCUUCAAAUCCUGGACCAAACUUGCAAAAGCGUAAGGGUCCCGAAAUUGAUCAAAACGAUGAACCUUGCAGUGGCAAAUGCUACAUGUUAUUAGAAGAAGUUAAAGAAGCGUUAGGAGAUUCAAAGAAGUGUAAAUCUGAGGAGAAAAAAGAGAUAAAGAUUGAAGGUGAAGGAGCGUCAAAUACAAUAAUCGAAUCAGACGAUAUUUGGACUGGAUCUGAUCAAUCAUUCUUUCGUGUUUUGCAUCGUUGUUUCUUAAACAAUUAUUGCGCAAUUGCACGUGGAAUGCAAACAAAAACAUGUCAACAAGUCUAUCACUUUGCACUCGAAGAACUCAAACAUAUCGAACCAUUGGAGUUGGGAAAGAAUGCUUCACCUCCACGUAAACAACAGAAGAAGAAAACGAAUACAAAAAUAUGGAACAUGCACAUUCGAAAGAAUGCAAGAAAAGAAGCAAAUCAGAACAAUGUUUCAAACUACACACCAUGUGAUCAUGCUGGGCCAUGUGGAAAUGGUUGUCCAUGUUUUGAAAGCUCCAAUUAUUGUGAAAAGUAUUGUAACUGUUCAUCAGAAUGUCCAAAUCGUUUUCCAGGAUGUCGUUGUAAAGCUCAAUGUAAUACAAAGCAAUGUUCAUGUUAUUUAGCUGUUCGUGAAUGCGAUCCCGAUCUUUGUCAGUGUGGUGCUCAUCAAUUUCAUUUAGCGAAGAUGACAUGUAAGAAUGUAAGUGUUCAACGUGGAUUGAGGAAACAUUUGUUAAUGGCGCCGAGUGAUGUUGCUGGGUGGGGAAUCUUUCUUAAAGACGGAGCACAAAAGAAUGAAUUUAUUAGUGAAUAUUGCGGUGAAAUCAUCUCGCAAGAUGAAGCUGAUCGUCGUGGGAAAGUAUACGACAAAUACGCUUGUAGUUUCCUUUUCAAUUUGAAUAAUGAUUUUGUUGUUGAUGCAACACGUAAAGGAAAUAAAAUUCGAUUUGCCAAUCACUCAAUUAAUCCAAAUUGUUAUGCGAAAGUGAUUAUGGUGAAUGGUGAUCAUCGUAUUGGAAUUUUUGCCAAACGAAUCAUUCAACCUGGUGAAGAAUUGUUCUUUGAUUAUCGUUACGGGCCAACAGAACAAUUGAAAUUCGUCGGGAUUGAACGAGAAAUGGAAAUUUUGUAACUGCCAAUACUAUAAAAAAUAUUUAGUUAAACUUUUGGCAUUUCUGCAAGUUUUUAACAUUUUUUUUUUCGUUUUCUUGUAAACAAUUUUUUUAAUUUAAGAUGAAUAAAAAGAAGAAACUUC